GCCUAGCAGAGGAAGAUUCUCAUUGGUGGAGAAGUUGCUCUGGUCCCGCCCCAGCGAGCGGCGAUAGGCCGAGCUGGCGUGGGGCGGGGGCGGUUGGCUGCCUGGGGACGGGUUCCUGGUCUUGCCCGUCAGGGUAGAUGGCGGUAGUGGCGGCUCUCGGGGCUGGGUUGUCAGUCAGUGAGCGGAGGGGGAAGAUGGCUCGCGGGGACCCGUUCUGCUAGGAAGAAGGGGGGCAGGUGGUGCUGCUUACUCGGGAGAAAUCAGAGCAGCCGCCGUCGCUGUCGCUGUCGCUGCGAGCCAGACAAGUCGAGGUUCUGGAGGUGGAGCUUGGAGAGCCGCUCUGGUUGAAGGUUUAGAACAGAUGUGGAAAGAUGUUCACUUCAGAGAAAGGGGUUGUGGAGGAAUGGUUGUCAGAGUUUAAGACACUACCAGAAACAUCUUUACCAAAUUAUGCUACAAAUUUGAAAGACAAGAGUUCUUUAGUUUCAUCUCUCUAUAAAGUUAUCCAGGAGCCACAAAGUGAGUUGCUAGAACCUGUCUGUCACCAGCUCUUUGAAUUCUAUCGCAGCGGAGAGGAGCAGUUGCUUCGAUUUACACUGCAGUUUCUUCCAGAACUGAUUUGGUGCUACCUUGCCGUCUCAGCCAGCAGAAAUGUGCAUAGCAGUGGAUGCAUUGAAGCUCUUCUCCUAGGGGUUUACAAUUUGGAAAUAGUUGACAAACAGGGACAUAGCAAAGUAUUGAGUUUUACGAUUCCAUCUUUAUCCAAACCAUCUGUAUAUCAUGAGCCUUCCAGCAUUGGGUCCAUGGCUCUGACCGAGAGCGCCCUAUCCCAGCAUGGCUUGUCAAAAGUUGUGUACAGCGGACCUCACCCCCAAAGGGAGAUGCUGACAGCACAGAAUAGGUUUGAAGUGUUGACAUUCCUUUUGUUGUGUUACAAUGCUGCCCUAACUUAUAUGCCCAGUGUUUCUCUUCAAUCACUGUGUCACAUUUGUUCAAGAAUCUGUGUUUGUGGAUAUCCUCGACAACAUGUAAGAAAAUACAAAGGUAUAAGUAGCAGGGUACCGGUUUCUUCAGGAUUCAUGGUGCAAAUGUUAACAGGAAUUUAUUUUGCCUUUUAUAAUGGAGAAUGGGAUCUAGCUCAAAAAGCAUUGGAUGAUAUUAUAUACAGAGCCCAGCUAGAAUUAUAUCCAGAGCCAUUGCUGGUUGCCAAUGCAAUACAGGCUUCAUUGCCUCAUGGUGCCAUGAAAUCUAGUAAGGAGGGUACAAGGUGUAUUCAAGUUGAAAUCACACCAACUUCUUCUAGAAUAUCGAGAAAUGCAGUAACCAGCAUGUCAAUAAGAGGUCAUAGGUGGAAAAGACACGGAAAUACAGAAUUAACAGGUCAAGAAGAACUGGUGGAGAUAUCUGAAGUUGACGAGGGAUUUUAUUCCAGGGCUGCGUCUAGUACCAGCCAGUCGGGUUUAUCAAACAGUAGUCAAAAUUGUAGUAACAAGGCAAGUGUAGGAAAGACUCAGAGACGGUCAGGAGGAAACAAAACUGGAGGAAAAGAAAAAGAAACUGCAGGGGAGUCUUGCAAAGAUCACUUUGCUCGAAAACAAACUCAGAGAGCCCAAAGUGAGAAUCUCGAGCUUCUCUCCUUGAAGAGACUUACAUUAACAACCAGCCAAUCUCUGCCUAAACCUAGUAGUCAUGGUUUGGCUAAGACCGCUGCGACCGUAUUCAGUAAAUCCUUUGAACAAGUUAGUGGUGUCACAGUCCCAUAUAACCCAUCAUCUGCUGUUGGCUGUGGGACUGGGACAGAUACCAAUAGGUUUUCUGCUUGUAGUCUGCAAGAAGAAACGCUUAUUUACGUUUCUGAAAGGACUGAACUUCCAAUGAAGCAUCAAACAGGUCAGCAGAGACCUCCUAGUAUUAGCAUUACUUUGUCCACAGAUUAAUUUGUAAGGGUUUUCUCACGUAACCAGUGAAUCAGAAAAUACGACUUUGCUUCUUCGUGAAAGUUCCCAGGGUCAUCUUUCAUCCCUGUUCCUGACAGGAGCCCUGAUAUCUUAAAUUCUGAAGGCUACCUUGACUUUAUGAAGGGAAUAAUGUCUAGGUUGCAGUAAGUUGAAAUAUGGUUUUGUUAUUUCUUGGUUGUGUGUUUUCCCCUUGGCUUGAGUCUUUUUUUUUUUUUUCUUACUGUCUUAUUUGUUCCUGUUGCCCUAAGAUUGUCAGUGUGACAAUACAUUUUGGCAGGUUGUCUGAUCAGAUUGGUUACAGCUCAUGAGAGGUUAUGAGUCUUUUUCUUUAAUAACUCCUAUUUUGGUAGCUGUAUGUUUGGCCUUCAGUGUAAAAGGGAAUCUCCUUGCAUGAGAACAGUUUUUUCAAGGUUGAGGCUGUGGUACAACUCCAGGAAUUCUACAGCUGGCUGUUUAGCAAGCCAGUGUGAAAAACAGGCAUGUGAAAAAACAAAAAUGAUAUGUAUGAAAAGUGCCUGCUGAAAAUGUUUGUAACCAGAUCAUCUUUAAGAUUAGUAGAACAGUUUAUAUAAAGCACUGGAAAAUGCCUGGUAACUCCAUAACCUAAAAUAUUAUAUGAUUCCAGGGGAUGGGAAGAGGAGUUUCUAUUGUUAUCUUUGGAACAUUUUUAUAUCAGAAAUCAGAUUGCUAGUAGAUGUGUUGUUUUGAAGUGUUUGAUCUGGAUUUAGCAGGUGAAGAUCCCUUUCAGUUCCUAAGAUGUAAUAGGCCAUACAACUGACUUACCCUGCUGCUGGACUUCAGAAAUCCUACUUAGUUUGGAUUCCCACAAUUCAAAGCACACAUCAUUGAAGACUUCCUAGAAAUCACUGAAUUUUGCAACCCAUCUCUCAAGAUACCAGUGUUUACCAUAUUGAAUUGUUUGUCUACAAAUGAAGGAAAUUAGGUAAAUUUUUCAUCUAUAAAAUAUCAUUGAAAGAAAAUAAAAAUAGUGAAAUAUGGACAAAGGACAUUUAUAUAUUAACUAAUUUAGGGUUAUAUAUGUUUUUGUUCUUAAAUUUAAAAUUUUAAGUAUGAAAAAUAUUAAAUGUGUUUCUUGUUUUGUGAACAGGCCUAUUUGAAAUGUUCUUGUUAUGAUAGAAAGAAUAAUCAAUGUAGUUGCUCCCAACCAAAAAAUAAAAAUAAAAAGGCAAUAUGGCAGAAG